UUUCUCUCUCCUAAAAUUCACAUAAUCUAGUAUUCCUUGACUAACAUGCUCCAUCAUCUCAUUUUCUCUCUCCUCACCACCAUUACAAUGCCUUCUCCUUCUUCUUUCUCUACCAAACCCAGAAAACCAUCUUCAUCCGCCAUUAACAACCACCACCAUAGCCAUCAAUCUUCUUCAUCUUCAUCUUCUUCUCCUCUCUUCUGUCGACAUCAUUCUCCUUCUGCAACCGCGACCCUCGAUCUUCUCAUUUUAAUCUUAGUCCUUUUCUCUGGUACUUUCCUUCUUACUUCUUACUUUUCUUACAUCUUUAACUCUCUUUCUCUUCUUUUGCCUCCUCUUAUUGACGCUCACUCUUUUCAUUUUCAUCAAUUUCCGUUUGUUUACCUCAUCGGGUUUUUAAUCUCAUCCGUGCUUGUUGUUAUUUCGUUUGAGAUUUGUUGUUGUAGUGGAUUUUUAGGGUUAGGGUUUGGGAUUUUUCGAUCGAGGAAAUGUGAUAAUCCUAAGUGUAAAGGGUUGAAAAAGGCUAUGGAGUUUGAUUUACAGUUGCAAACUGAAGAGUGUUUGAAAUUAGGUUCGAAUGAUAUUGAUAAAUUGCCUUGGAAAGGGAUUACUGAAAAUAAUCCUGAUUAUGAAUGUCUUAGAGCUGAAUUAAGGAAGAUGGCUCCUCCUAAUGGUCGUGCUGUUCUUCUUUUUCGAGCUAAAUGUGGUUGUCCUAUUGCUAAAUUGGUUGGUUGGGGUCCUAAGAAAGGAAGAAAGCAUAAAAAGGCUUUAACAAAUGUGACGGCCAACGGAGAUCAUCGCUGAUGGCUUACGAGAAAGGCUGGGAUGAUACAUAGUAGUUGAUAUAAUCCAUUUGCAUUUCAUACUAAUCAGCUGUUUUGCCGUUUGGACGACGACCAAGCAACCAAUUGAAACUGGAAAGACAGCAGCCUUCCAUCUGAAUAGCAUUAUGUAGGAAUGUCACUCUUUGUAACAGAGAAGAAUAGAUACUUUUUAAAUGUAUUCUGUUAUUCUGGAUCGAUUAAUACCCAAUUUGAUGCCAAUAAAUAAAAAAAAAAAGUUUAUAUUGGAUAUUCUUACAAAGUUACAACUAUUUCUUAUCAAUUUCUUGUUUCUGUUGAGACUUUAGAUGUAGCUUGUUAUCAUACUUAAGAUUAAGAAUUGGACUUCUUUGCCAAAUAUUCCCAUACUACGACUCAA